GACGACGAUGCCGAAGACAAGCUACAGAGUUCUGGAAUUGCAAAUGGCGAGCAUAUCCGACAAGAGAGCCAGGAACAAAGCGAGGUUGAUCACGGGGACUUUGAGAUGGUGUCUGAAUCCAUGGUGCUGGAGACUUCUGAAAAUGUGAAUAACGGAAACCCUUCGCCCCUGGAGGCUCUUCUGGCUGGAGCAGAGGGUUUCCCACCAAUGCUGGACAUUCCUCCAGAUGCAGAUGAUGAAACGAUGGUGGAAUUGGCUAUUGCCUUGAGCCUGCAACAAGAUCAGCAAGGGAGCAGCAGUAGUGCCCUUGGACUUCAGAGCUUAGGACUGUCUGGCCAAGCACCCAGCUCUUCUUCUCUUGAUGCAGGGACGCUCUCUGAUACUACAGCAUCAG